UUCCCUUCUGUCUGUUGAAGUCUGUUAUUUAGUGUCCGUCUUAGUAUCUGUCUGUGUCUGUCUUCAUCUGUCUGAUUUUGUUUGCGUCUGUCUCAUUAACUUCCAUUUCUUCAUUCAGUUUGUGUUUUACUGUCUAUUGGUCUAUCUGAUGUCCGUCUAAAUGUCUGGCUGUCUCAAACUGUCAUAUUCUAUUUCUGUCUUAACGUUUUUCUUCUCUAAUGUUCUGUCCGUGGAUGUCUUUUGCGUGUCUGUGCCUGUUAAAAGUCUGCCAUUUGAGUGUCUGUCUGUGUGUCUAGGUCUAAUUCUUUUUCUGUCUUACCUUUUAUUCCUUUCCUUUGUUCUGUCUAUGGUGGUCUGCUAUUUGUCUGUGCCCGUCUGCCUUCUCUAAGAGACAAGAUAAAGAGGGGAUGAAGGGAGGAGGAUAGAGAGGGGGAACUAACUUAUUCUAUUUCUAUCUAACCUCUUAUUCCUUUCUUUUGUUCUGUCUAUGGAGGUCUGUUAAGUGUCUAUGCCUGUCUGUGCCUUCGCUAAGAGACAGGAGGCCUGGGGAAGGGAGUGACCAAGGGAAGGGGGAACGGCCAGGCGCAGCACUUCAACGAUAUAAUACAGCGCUCACGACCCUUGAAAUCACUCUUCUCUUCCCCUUAAAACGCCAGUAGACAUCAAUUAGCCAUCCCAUUAGUCACCCGGGUCAUUCAUCAACUCACCGACUCCCACACGGCCCUCUGAUUGGCUCCCCCGCGGCCUGGCUCCUCCUACUGGGCGGGGCGACAGCCAUUCACCUCGGCGGGGGAGAAUAUUUACGAGCCGAGGGACCAAUGGGAGAAGGGUCGGAGUGGUCGGGAGUGUGAGGGGAGUGGCCGGGCGUGCGAGGGGGCGGAGCUGGGCGGGUAAUCAGUUUGUAAUGUGGAUAAGGAGCAAUUUGGCCACAGUUCCUUUUGAGUGUUUAUCAGGAGGCGAGGCUGGAGCAGUGCUGGCUGGUGAGUGUCGUGGCUGAGUGCUGCCUCCCGCCGCUCCUUCGAACCCCGACGACGGUGCUGCCGCAACCCUCUAAACACUGACCCACCGACGUGCUACCGCUAACCCCGACCUACGCAGUGCACGGAGAUCGAACCCCGCCGCGCCAGAUCCUCCUUCGGCGUGACCUGACCUGCUCCCGCCACCUCCUUCGCUGCCCUCGCCGUCUGCGUCGCUCCAGAAGUCCGCGGAGUGAUGGUCGCCGGAGCCCCUGUGGUACGCCCUCAUCCCACCUGUUCACGGCCCCCCGUCACCUAGGUAAAUAACGGAGCCAGAGACGCGUUUAGUAAAUAACGGAGACACCCUCGCAUCAGACCCGGCUCAUCUCCCGCACCUCCAGCAUCCAGGAGACACAGAGGAGAUACGCCGAUAGACACAACCUCCUAAUCCUCCUCCUCUAGAAUCGUAUAGAGAAGAUGGGAAAAGUCUGCGUCGCUACUACUACUACUACUACUGCUGCUACUUCAACGACCGCCUACUGAAGUGACCGCCGAAGGCCUGAAGUGUGCUAGCCGUUCCUUGGUGGCUCCUAAGUGUUUGUGUGUUCGUGUGUUCUCUGAAGGGAAUGAGUGACCGUCGGAGCACUGGCGCCAUCUGCCUAACUCUGCGUCUGUUUAGUGACGGAGGAAAAAUAUAAAUCCGUGACUCCUGUUCUCCGAUUCACGCACCGACGUCAGCUCCCUCUAGCGGCGUUGUAUCAAGUCCAUAGUCCUGUUUUUUCAAGUCCCGUGUUCUUGUGCGUUUGUGUCCGUGUUUAAAUCAAGAGCUGUGUGUACAUUUGACGGGAGUUAGUGCGUGUGUACGUUAAACUGUGUGUGUGUGUUCAUGCGACGUGGGUUGCUGAGUGUGCGUUAAACUGUGUGUAUGCAUCGGACCGCGUUACUGUGUGUACAACCAAAAGGAUUACGCAGCGUACGAGAAGCAAGGCAUUAGACCCUCUUACGUGUGUGAGUGUGUGUGUGGGCCUAGGUUUCUUCCCUUGAAAAAAAAAAGUGAAACGAGAAAAGGAGAAAACAGAAGAAGGAGGAGGUGAAGAGAAACGCCGAGGAGUAGCAUAACGAUCAAUCCUAAGAAACUCAAUAAGGAGGAGAAGACAACGGACGAAAGAAACGGCAGACAAAAAAAGAAGGUUAACGGAAGAAGGAGGAGCUGGAAAGAAACACAGUGGAGGAGAAUACAAUCCAUAAUAUCAAUCAAUACUAUCAAUAAUAUACCAUCAAAACUAUCAGUACUAGAAGCCCGACAAGAAAGAGGUCGCGGAAGCAGGCGAGAGCGGCGGAGACCCAAGCCGUGUCGCAGGCUAGCGCAAAGCCGUCGGCGUGGAGUUCCCGGCCAUGUUCCCCCCGGGCGGCGCGGGAGGGUACGGGCAGGAGGGCGGCCAGAACCUCCUCACGCCCUCCAUGUACACCUCGCACGCACACACGCACAUGCUGCCCUACAACUCCUACUCCGCCCAGCUCGUGCAGCCCUCCACGCCCUCCCCCUCCAUGUGGCAGUCCCCCGCCCACACCGCCCUGGCACCCUCCGCCCACCCCCCCGAGCAGACCUUCUCCUCGCCCCUCGGCUUCAACUGCGGGCGGGAUGGGUACCUGCAGGGCGCGGGCGGCCAGAGUCUGCAGGCGCCCAUCAGCCACUAUCAGGCCUACGCGCAGAUGAACCCCGGGGUCUGGCGGCACUAUGACUCCAUGGGCCUACAGGGCAUAGCAAACUACCCAGGCAGCGAGUUUUGUGCCGAGAGCCGCGAGUGUGUGAACUGCGGCGCCGUGCAGACCCCCCUGUGGCGGCGGGACGCGACGGGCCACUACCUCUGCAACGCCUGCGGCCUCUACACCAAGAUGAACGGGAUCAACAGGCCGCUCAUCAAGCAUUCCCGGAGGCUGGUUAGUGUGGAGAGUGACCCUUUCUUUACCCCCUUCUCACAACCUCUACAGGACGGCUUCUCCUUCCAAACCUCGGCGCGGAGAAUGGGUCUCAUGUGCUCCAACUGCGGCACCACCACCACCACCCUCUGGCGGCGGAACAACGAAGGUGAGCCGGUGUGCAACGCGUGCGGCCUCUACUACAAGCUGCACGGCGUCAACAGGCCGCUGCAGAUGCGCAAAGACUCCAUCCAGAGCCGCAAGAGGAAGCCCAAGAACAAGAAGGCCGAGGAGGUGGCCGACGACAAGGACAAGGAGAAGAAGGUGGCGGACGACAAACCCACAAAGGAAGGAGACCGACGCCCCUCAGACCCAGCCACACCCAUUGUGCCCAAGCCUCCACCUCCCCAGCAGCCCCAGCCACAGCCACAGCAACAGCAGCCCCCACCACAGCCCCCACUGGCCCAGGCACAGCAGAGCCAGGCGGUCACAGCAGCAGCAGCCGUGACACCCACUGCCCACCCCAGCACCAGCAGUCAACCCAGCGUGAAGGUCAAGCAGGAGAACCACUCGUCCUUCACCGCCUUGCCCACCUCGCCCGGCCUUGUUGCCUCCACCAUCCCGCCCUCCCUCAACUGCACCUCCUCCAAUGGGAUGUUCGGCCCGUACUCCUCUGGCGCCCCGAACUUCGCCAAACUCAUGAUCAGCUAGAGUCAGAUGCGCUCUGCCCUCUUCAUGCCUCCUCCCAGCACGCUUUUAUUUUGUUUUUUGUGUAUGUACCAGAUUGUAUGUAUAGUUAUGGAGCGUUGACGUUUUGCUGCUGCCGAAGACACAACUGCAAAAGAAAACUUGACCCGUUGACACUGUCUGAUGAGUGUUGCAGAGGGCAAGUGUUCUGCUGCAGGUUUUGGUUCGUGGCAAGAUCGGAAAACUGUUUAAAAUGUAUUACUAAUUAUUUCAAAGUGCAGCUGCGAUCUCUUGGUGUGGCUGUGGCUGUGGAGGGACAAGGGCAAGGGCAGGCAGGAGAGUGAGGGAAGGGAGUGAGUGAGUGAGUGGGCUGGUAGGAAUAGCAGAAAACAAUCUUCUAUAAGAGAAUCAGUAAGGCUUUACAUUGUAUAUCAAAAUGGAAAAAUAUGAAUAUGAAAAUGAAAGAUAAUUACUCCAUGACUUGUUAAUUCCUAAAGACGAGGCUUUGUCGGGCCUUUCUGCCGCAAUGUUCAGUAUUUUUUUGUUAUAGUGAUACUGUAUAUUACUGAAGGACAAGGGGAUGGGUUGUCAGCUGAUUCCUACCAACCAUCCUUUCUGCUCUCUCUCGUGCCCUGCCUCGCCCUGCCCAGUCCAACCCUGCAGCCUCUGUAUAUAUGUAUCUCCCCCCUCAUCCCACCCCGCCUUACUCCCCCUCCCCCUCUUCCUCGUUGUGGUGUAGGUGAAGCUUUUGACGCAAGUGAGGUGGGUGCCUAUGUGUUGCCCCGCCCCACUGACCCCUGAUGACGUAUCUGCCCCACGGGUGACGUAACCAUUUAGUGCUUUAAGGUUCAUGAGGACACACAGCGCUGCGCUGUGUUGGUGGGAGCUUGGGAGUGAUGUGUGGCGCUUUGAGGUGUGAAGGCUGAGUUAGUGUUAUGGAAAAGGAAAUUCUUGAUUUUCUUUUGUUUCUUCUUUUCAUUUGACGUCCUUAUUUUCCCGUAUGGGGAUGGACGGGUUAUGAGUCUCUCCAGUCAAACCUCAACAUAUGCAUAUUUAAUAUCUGCAGAUUUGAACAUCCCCCCCCCCCCCCACACACACACACACACACACACCUUCAUACUAGCAGUAAGAAUGGUAGUUCUUGCUGUAAAUGUGUAAGUAUCUAUCAGCAGAUAUCAGCAGAUCCUCAACAUCUGUGGGCGUGUCUGUUACCUAACCCCAGUGGAUGGUGAGGUUUGACUGUACUCUCUUCUCCUUCCCUUGGUAUUCUUUUACUCAGCUAAAAUACAAGUGAUUCUUGGUUCCUCUUUUCCUGUGUGCCUUAAAUGUGUGGAUGAAAAGGCAUAAGGCACAACAGAUUUUAUAAAUAUAUUCUUCCUCUUUACUCAAAAUGUAAAGAAAUAAAGGGAAUACAUUGAAAAACAGAACUGGCAUAGAGUGAAAAAGAACUCUACUUUGUCUUUUGUAUUUGUUAAAAAUAAGAAAACACAAGCAGGUAAUCCUUGAACAUAUCCAUAUCUAUAACUACGAUGCCCUCUGUCAACUCUGGAAGCUCCUCUUAAUUGGUGGCCAUUGUAGGGGUCUCCAUUUGUCCCUGUCCAUGCACUCCCUUUUCUAAAUCUUCACCCUCCUCCCUCCUCCCCUCUCCCCUUCAUCAAUUCCUCCUUCCUGAAACCACUUUUCUCUCUGGCAUCAGUGUUCCAUGACUGCCUUUACUCAAGCGCCACCACAUGCAAGCAAGCCAGUGUUUCCAAGCUGAGGACGUACAUAAUUAAAGUGUGUGUGUGUGUGUGUGUGUGCGCGUGAGUGAGUGUAUGUGUGUUGCCAGGAGGCCCGUCCAGACACACACUUUCAAAUGUCUGGAGUGUGUGUAUAUAAAAUGUACUACUACUACUACUACUACUACUACUACUACUACUGCUACUACUGUUACUACUUGUCCUGCCUCUUGGCUAGCUUAGUGUAAUAAUAACUCAGUGAUUCUUUACUCUUAUUAUUAUUAUUGUUAUUAUUGUAGCAUUACGAAGAAUGACUCACUGUAUAAUAAUUGCUAUAUAUUGAUUAAUUAACCAACAGAAGACUACUCGACCCGUUAUCAUCGUGUGUACCGUCUUGUUCCCACGUGCCCAAGUUGCUCUGUGGCGGACCAAAAUAAAUCUUUGUUCAGGGCA